CGCUCAAUCUGUGUUAGUUAAUGGUACAAACUCACGGCACACUGCUGCCUCCCUGGUGCUGAAUACAAACGGCCUGAAGCAAUUAGCCCACUAUAAGAGCCACUCAUUAAGAGGAACGCAGUGAAUGAGACGCGCUCGCCACAGCUAAUCAAUAUUAAUGAUGGAUUAUUUACAAUUAACAAUAGCCCCUUAAUGGCCGCCUAAUUGUUUGUUUUGGCUUAACGUGGAGAGGUGAGAGCAGCGGAUAAACUAAGGACAUUAGUAAGAUGCAGGAGCUCAAUGGCUUCUCACUUUCAUUCAGAUAAACUCAUUAGCAAUAGAGAAGCGUUGUGGUUUUCAUGCUGAGCUGCUACGAUGUGCCUGAAUGCAAAACCACGUAGAGAACUGAGACGUACGAUCUUAGAACUGUGGGGUGGGUGUGGUCAAAACAAGAGGUCGUUGGUUCGAGAACCAUGAGCUCUCACCAUUGAAUAACAAAGCCACAUUUUGUUAUCUGGACUAUCACUGUUUUGAAAUAGAUUUAGAUAAAAAACAGGAUGAAACAUUUGUUCUCAAAUCCGGGACACAGAUUUUACAACACAGGGCAAACAAUGUCAUUGUGCCCUAAAAGAAAUUCUGUUAAUCAUAAACUUUUACUCAAAAGUCACUGACUGCAGCUGUUAUGCGUCAGAGGAGAACUGGCACUCCUGAAACUAAGUUCACCCAAGUUUUUUUUCUCCAUUUAUUUUUAAUUCUUAAUGAAGAACAAUUUGAACAGUAUUCUACAAAUAAGAGUACAUAAACCUAUACAAGUCAGGGGUAUCAAAAAAGGGAAAAAAAUAAACUUAAUGGCAUUUAACGUUAAAGCUUGUAUUUAUUAAAUAGUUAGUUUUCCUUGCUUUGAAAUUUUUACUUGUUAAUUUUGUUUACAAAUAUCUUACCUUCAGUUUUAAACUUUAUCGGGCAACCAUUUAUUCAUCAUUAAAAUUUUGGUUCCUUUCCACCAUUGCUGUGUUGGCUUCCUCACUGGGAGACUGCCGAUAUUAUAUGAACUUCUGAUAAUCCCAUUAAUAGGUUUUAUUAGGAUGGUACUCUCUUUUUUUUUAAUCAUCACACUAAUUUUCCUCUUCUGUGUUUUCUAUUUCAUGUAAAGCUGCUUUUAAACAAUGCAAUACAACACUGUUAUAAGUGAUAUAUAAAUUAAGUUGAAUCCACAGCAUUUGCUGAAAUGGAAAUGUGAACGUUUUGGUUUCUAAGCGUCUCUUGAUGCCCCCUUAGCUCGCCACACAAGAUUGGGGGUUCAACUACCUUGCAAUCAAUGCAUUCAAUGUAUUUGACUUGAAUUCUAUGUAUUCAAUGUAAAAAUGAUUCUGCCAAAUGUGCAAUUGUCUUGAUAUUUUGUCUUCAUUCUUCCUUGAAUUUUCUUCCCCGAUACUUAAGACUUUUUUAUGUUUUUAUGGAUGAACACAUAAUGCCAUCUGUCCAUUAUUACAUCUACCUUAUUUAUACCAAAUGGAAAAAUUGCUUAAUAUAGCUGACAUUUUACAUUCCUCCAUUUAAUAAACUAUAAAGCAUUUUUUACUUAAUGUGUUUUUAAUUUCAAUUGCAUGACGCCAAUAAAACCUUCUCUGGGUCUAGUUGAGUACUAUGACGACCACUGUUAUGAUGUGCCAUUGUUCCAUGUUUCCAUCCCAAAUAUGUGCGUGUUCACUGUAUAGAAAUAUUGUAAAUGCUAUUGUACAUUUUUAAUAAAAAAACAGCCUUGAGGACAUUUAGGUCUACAGAUAAUCAUGCACUACCCACCCCCCUCCACCCCGUACACACACAAACAAAUUGUGACCUGAGCAUUCUGACUGGCUGUUGCUCAUCUCCCAGCUCACACCUUUGGAAACUUUUGUUGGGCAAAAGGGGGAGGCACCCUGCAGUUUAAGAGGGGGUCACGGGAGUCAGACCUGUCUUGUGUUGUCUUUCUCACUCUCUCUCUCUCAGCUUGUUGCUCUUUUCUUUUCACGGUGAAGUUUGACUUUAGCAGAACAGAUCGUUUUAUCAGGGCAGCGCUGAAAAUAACCUUCCAGGUACUUUUAAAACUGUAAUUUGGGAUUGUGAGGCCUCACGACCGGCAAAGACACUUCAUGUGACUCAGGACAUUUUCUGAAAUUGUCUUUUUUGUUUGUGACCUUUUUUUACUAACUUUGGGCAUUCACAAUGAUUUGUUUACUGGCGAUGCUGGUCAUGAUGCUGGCUUCGGUAUCCCAAUCCUUCCGUCUGGGUCGUGUAGACUGGCAGAAGAGCGUUUUACCAGGGGAGGGAUGUCCUAAAAAGUGUCACUCUGAAAGAUGUCCAGAUCUCAGGCAGAUGCAGGGCUGUGCAGGGGGGCUGGUUCGAGAUCAGUGUGGGUGCUGUUGGGAAUGUGGAAAUGAAGAGGGGCAACUGUGUGACCCGCAGCCCGGCUCCACGUUCUACGGGCGCUGUGGUGAAGGUCUGCGCUGCCGAACUUCAGGCAAAAACGCUGGUGGUGAGCCCCGCGCCGUCUGCGUGUGCAGCAAGCAGGAAGCACUUUGUGGAUCAGACGGGAAGACGUACAACAACGUGUGUCAGUUUCGGGCAGCCAAACACAAGCAGGGCAAGGGGCAGAUGUUGACGAUGGUUCACCACGGACCCUGCAAGGCAAAGCCGGUCAUCACUCUCGCUCCCCGUGACAUCGUCACACCAAGGGGAAGUGACGUCAUCUUUUCCUGCGAGGUUUCGUCGUAUCCAUUGGCGUCCAUUCAGUGGAGGAAAGAGGGGGAUGUUGUUUCCUUUCCUGCGGAUGAUUCGAGCAUGGCUGUUCAGGCUCGCGGCCGCCCGCGGCGGUUUGAACUGACCGGCUGGCUCCAGAUUCAAGCAGUCGGUCCGAGUGAUGCAGGUGUGUACACGUGUACCGCCAGGAACGCCUUCGGAGAGGUUUCUGCCUCCGCCAGAUUACAGGUUACACACGGAGGGUCUCAUCUGAGCAAAGAUCUCCGACCGAUUGAAAACGGAGAAUACAGAAUAACGGACGAAGAAGAGGUGAUCGAAGAUGACGAAGAUUACGAGGGCCGGCCCAGCGGCCAUAUGUAUUUGUGA